ACUAACCAAUCGCAUGAGCGCUUUGUGGCAUUUAAACCGUGUGGCGUCAUUUCCCACGAAAUUCAAAUUCAAGGGAGCGAGAAACGAGAGAGUUUCACGGUUUCUCGACGAGGUCUAUGAGAACGUGGAUAAUAUGGCGCAGUUUGGUUUUGAGAACGACAUCCACAGUAUUUUGAAGCUGGACAUGCCGAUCACAAACGCUCCCAUGGCGAGGUGGCAGAGAAAGGCGAGCUCCUCAAACACAUCCAGCAUGAGCGGCCUGUCGCCGGGAAAAUCUGCUAAUGUGUCGCUGAGUUCAUCAAAAACUCCAAGCAAAACUCCAGGCAAAAGUAAGAAGCAAACUCCAUCUAAGAUGGGGGGUGAUCGCUUCAUUCCCAUCAGAAACAGCAAGCAAAUGGACGUGGCAACUUUCCUGCUGACAAAGGAGAAUGAGCCAGUGGACACAAAUGCAGCAGUGACAACAGAAACCCAGAAAGCAUGGUCUGUAUCACUGAAUGGAUACAACGUUGAAGAUGCAAAGAUUCUCCAUCUUGGAGGGAAACCACUUAAUGCACCAGAAGGCUACCAAAACAACUUGAAAGUCCUCUAUAGUCAGACUCAAACCCCUGCCUCUAUCAAAAAGUCCAGAUACAUAUCUUCAACUCCUGACAGGAUCUUGGAUGCUCCCGAUCUUCGAAAUGAUUUCUAUUUGAAUCUGCUUGACUGGAGCAGUCGCAAUUUUCUCGCUGUGGCUCUUCAUAACAGUGUUUACUUGUGGGAUGCCGCUCAAGGAGACAUUAUUCUUCUCAUGAAGCUGGAGCGUGAAGAGGACUACAUCUGCUCCUUGUCCUGGACUAAAGAGGGAACCUACCUAGCUGUUGGUACAAGUGACUGCAAAGUUCAGCUGUGGGAUGUUGAAAAUCAGAAGCGUUUGCGCAGCAUGGCCAGCCACACGGCGAGGGUUGGUAGUCUGAGCUGGAAUGACCAUGUUCUUUCUAGUGGCUCCAGAUCAGGACACAUCCAUCACCAUGAUGUGAGGGUGGCAGACCAUCACAUUUCCACCCUCACUGCUCACACACAGGAGGUGUGUGGCCUGAAGUGGUCUCCUGAUGGGCGAUACUUGGCUAGUGGAGGCAAUGACAACUUGGUGUGUGUGUGGCCCCGCGUGCAUGAGGGCAGCGCCAGCAACGACAACCAGCCGAUCCGCUGCUGGAGCGAACAUCAGGGAGCCGUCAAGGCUUUGGCCUGGUGUUCGUGGCAGCCAAAUAUCCUUGCAUCUGGAGGUGGUACCAGUGACCGCCACAUCCGCCUGUGGAAUGUGAACAGUGGCUCCUCUAUCAGUUCACUUGACACUCAGUCCCAGAUCUCAUCCCUGGUGUUUGCACCCAACUACAAGGAGCUAGUCUCUGCCCAUGGAUAUGCCCACAACAAUGUUGCUAUCUGGAAAUAUCCCUCUCUCAGCAAAGUUGCAGAGCUCAAUGGCCACGAGGACAGAGUGUUGAGUUUGACUCUAAGCCCAGACUCCUCUACUAUUGCUACUGUUGCUGCAGAUGAGACCAUUCGCCUGUGGAAAAGCUUUGAGAUGGAUCCUGUUAAGAAGAAGGCUAAAGAGAGGCUGGUGAAAUCAACCAGCAGCGUCAUUCAUCAGUCAAUCAGAUAAUUUGCUUUGAUGUUUGAGAUUACAAUGAGUAAUGUGCAAAUGAAUAUAUUUUUUUUUUUUUUUUUUUUUUAUUAAAUUAAUUUAUCCACAAUAAAGAGAACCACCUGGUGUUGUUCCUGUCGGUGGUGUAAAGGGUUGAUGGCCUCCAUCCAUUGUUUAUAGAACUGGUGUUUUUAAGCAGUUUUUAAAAUGUGUUUAUAACCUACAGUUUGUUUUUAAUCAGGAUGUUCUGUAUUACCUGGGUUAUAAAUAAACACUUUAUGAUGGCU